AUGGCCAACUUCCAGCCACAGUGGAGCGACAAACCGAUAAUAAAGCCCAGAAGCCCCGUUGAUAGCGAGGCAAAAUUCUCUUUCGCCAAGGAUGCUCCCCGCGAGACAUUUGGGACACUCAAGAAGUCCAUUCCACCCUCCAAGCCGUACACAUCCCUGACCGAUCAGGAGGCGGAGCAUUUUUUAGCCCACGGCUGGCUAAAGGUUGAGGGUGGCUUCGAUCGAAAUUACAUUGACCAGUGGCUUCCAGAUUUCUGGGUCCGCACGGGGUAUGACGAGCAAGACAAGACCACCUGGGAGGAAGAAUAUCUCCAUGUGGCUCACCACCGUCAGGUACGAAACGAGGAGUUCUGCCCUAAGGCUUGGGGCAAGAUUGUGGACCUCUGCGGUGGAGAAGAGCGGAUUCACGAAACGCGUGAGCGUUGGGUCGGCGACAACUUCAUCGUGAACUUUGGGAGCGAAGCACGGUCCAAGGAAGAUCCAGCAUCUCAUCCUCCCCAGGAUAAGCCAAGUUUCCACUCGGAUAACGACUGGUAUCGCUCCUUUCUCGACUCGUCGAGCACCGCCAUGACUAUUGUACAUUGUUUCACGGACAUUCCAAAGAACGGAGGAGGAACUUGGUUGUGUGAAGAUGCCAUGAAAGGUGUUUGCGAAAAGCUGUACGCUCAUCCAGAAGGCCUCGAUCCCGUAAUUGACACCCCUGUGCUCUGCAAGCACGCUAAAGACUGCCACAACUUUGCGGCCGUCGAGGCGAAGGCUGGUGACACUUUUAUCCUGCAUGGCCUGCUGCCACAUACUAAUAGCUUCAACUACAAACACUAUGCUAGAGUCAUUACUAACCCUCAUGUGACGCUCAAAGAGCCUUACAAUCUCAAUCGAGGCACGGGCGAUGGCGAUUACUCUCUGCUGGAACAAGUCAUCCUCCGGGCCCUUGGCCGGACCUCUAUACCAGAGUACCACCCUACACGGCCUAGAAUGUUCUGGUACCCCCGCAACUCGGCUUUUAAGCUCAACAAGGUCGACAGUGAGCUGGCGCGCCUGAAAGCGGACCGAGCCAACAGGCUUUUACCCGAAACUACGAUUGAUAGCGUGUACCUCCAGGGUGAAGACGCCAUGAACGAUUUUAUUAAGCGCAAUGGCUACGACCUCCCGUUUAAUAAAGAUCUUGGGUUGGAGCUACAACAGCACGCAGCGUAA